AUGGGCAAAGAAUAUACUCCAGAGUUUGCGAUCCAAUACACUAAAUUGACAACGGGGAUUCUGUUUACGUGGCCGCCGAGUUCGACGGCAUCGCGACUCGUGGAAAUCAGCUUUCAAAUCGGCUGGUGGAUUUCCUGGAUCAUCUCCGUCUUCCUCGCUGGUCCACUGCUUGCAACGGCCUAUCAACAACGCAGCAGUUUUAUGCAACUCACCAAACACUUGUGUAUAGCCGUUUGUCUCAUUCAAGUUGUGGUGAAAAUGGUGAUUGGGAGAUAUCAUUAUCGUCGGUUUCAGUACUUGAUCGAAGAAAUGGAGAUUUUCGUGAAGAACGCAAAUCCCCACGAGCGAAAAGUACUCAUGAGCUACGUGAAUCGAGUCGCUCCCUUUCACUACAGAUUCAACAUGGUUUCUUUUUGUGGAACUUUAGCUGUUAUCCUCGGUCCUUUAGCGCUGGACCUGUCGCUUCCAACGGAAGCCGAGUAUCCCUUCCCCAUGUACCAACAUCCAACUUAUGAUAUUCUUUUUCUACUGGAAUCGAUAGGGGCUAUUCAAUGCGGCUGUACUGGCCCUUUCGAUUGCCAGGGGUGUUUGCUCCUCUGGUACGCCACAAUUCGACUUGAUUUUCUCGCGGAAAAAAUAAGAAAUGUCAACAGCGCUGAAGAACUCAAAGAGUGCAUUCGUAUACACCAGCAUAUUUUAUGGUACAUCGAUGAAACAAUCAGAACUGUUCGGCCUGUGGUAGCAGCAACAGUCGUAUUGGCUACGAUAUCCAUUGCCUGUGGAGGAAUUCAUCUAGUUGGGAAUGAACCAGUCGAUCAGAAAGUUCAAUUCGUGGGCAUUGACAUUGGAUAUUCCUUGGAGCUUCUUUGUGUCGCGUGGGCUGCAGAGAGUCUGACAACAGCGUGCGAAGAGGUCGGCUGGGCGUUGUACAGUUCCCCGUGGAUUCAAAAUUCCCAGGAAUUCAGCAGAAUCGCAAUUUUCGGGAUCCAGAGAUGUCAAAAGCCUCCGAAGAUUGCGGUCGGGGGACUCUUGUCGGAAUUAUCCAUGAAUUAUUACGCAACGUACAUGUCGAAAACCUUUUCCUUCUUCACCACAUUGCAUGUCAUGCUCACGAAACUCGAAGAGGAUCUGUGA